CGCCCCCGUCCCCCAUGUCCUUUCUCGCUUUCCAGGGAUGGUGUGGCCACCCGUCCCCUAUCCCCUCCCGCGCGAGGCCUCUAUAAGAAAAAUCUGCCACUCCGCUCCGCACUUGCACAAGGUGCACACGCGCUCGCCCUCGCGUCGCUGCUCCGGUUCUCUCCCGCCGAUCGACGCCACCCCCACGUCCGGACCCGCGGUUCCUCCGACUCCGAGGAAAUGGCUGCGCUUCAACCCUCAUUUUCAUCGACAAUGGCUCUGAGGAGUAGCGGCAGCAGUCUUAAGUUCCCCAAAACUGCACUUCUACCUGGUUUUAGUGGCAUUUCACGUCAAGACAUGCAAGAAAGGAAUAGUAGCCUUGCUUGUUUAAUCCCCAAGGUUGCUUCGGUAACUGAUCAGUCAAUAGCAGAACCAUCAAAACCCAGGAAAAAUAAGAACACAGUCGACCCUACAGCACCAGAAUUUCUGCCACUCCCAUCAUUUGAAGAAUGCUUUCCAAGGAGUACCAAAGAAUCAAGUGAAAUCGUUCACGAGGAAUCUGGUCAUGUCCUCAAGGUCCCAUUCCGGAGAGUCCACUUGACUGGAGAUCAGAAGCACUUUGACACAUAUGACACCAGUGGUCCUCAAAAUAUAAGCCCAAGGACUGGACUCCCAAAGAUAAGGAAGGAAUGGAUUGAUAGGAGGGAAAAGCUGGGUAGUCCUCGUUACACGCAAAUGUAUUAUGCUAAACAGGGAAUCAUAACAGAGGAGAUGAUAUAUUGUGCCAAGCGUGAGAACCUUAGUCCUGAAUUUGUUCGGACAGAAGUUGCCCAUGGACGAGCCAUAAUUCCUUCCAACAAGAGGCACCUGGAAUUGGAACCCAUGAUUGUUGGAAGAAACUUCCUUGUAAAGGUGAAUGCAAAUAUUGGGAAUUCAGCUGUUGUGAGCUCCAUCGAGGAGGAAGUUCACAAGCUCCAGUGGGCCACAAUGUGGGGAGCUGAUACUGUCAUGGAUCUUUCAACAGGGCGACACAUCCAUGAGACCCGGGAAUGGAUUAUUCGUAACUCUCCAGUUCCUAUUGGGACCGUUCCUAUUUACCAAGCACUUGAGAAAGUAAAUGGUAUUGCAGAAAAUUUGAGCUGGGAAAUCUUUAGGGAGACCUUGAUUGAACAAGCUGAGCAGGGUGUUGAUUACUUCACAAUCCAUGCUGGUGUCCUGCUCCGUUACAUUCCACUUACAACAAAGAGAAUGACUGGCAUAGUUUCGCGUGGUGGCUCGAUUCAUGCAAAAUGGUGCUUAACUUAUCACAAGGAGAACUUUGCUUAUGAACACUGGGAUGACAUUCUGGACAUAUGCAAUCAAUAUGAUGUGGCAUUAUCAAUUGGUGAUGGCUUGAGGCCUGGUUCUAUUUAUGAUGCAAAUGAUAGUGCUCAGUUUGCAGAGUUGUUGACUCAAGGGGAACUAACACGUCGAGCAUGGGCGAAAGAUGUGCAGGUGAUGAAUGAAGGCCCAGGGCACAUCCCAAUGCAUAAAAUUCCUGAAAACAUGGAGAAACAGCUGGAGUGGUGUAAUGAAGCACCUUUCUAUACGUUGGGUCCACUGACAACUGAUAUUGCACCUGGUUAUGAUCACAUCACCUCAGCCAUUGGUGCUGCCAACAUUGGAGCUCUUGGCACUGCACUUCUUUGUUAUGUAACACCAAAGGAGCACCUUGGGUUGCCUAAUCGUGAUGAUGUUAAGACAGGUGUGAUAUCCUACAAAAUUGCUGCUCAUGCUGCUGACUUGGCAAAGGGUCAUCCCUAUGCACAAGCUUGGGAUGAUGCCCUUAGCAAGGCAAGGUUUGAGUUUAGAUGGCUCGAUCAAUUUGCUCUGUCGCUGGACCCAGUAACUGCCAUGUCUUUCCAUGAUGAAACAUUGCCAUCCGAGGGUGCCAAAGUUGCACAUUUCUGCUCAAUGUGUGGGCCCAAGUUUUGUUCGAUGAAAAUCACAGAGGAUAUUAGAAAGUAUGCGGAUGAACAUGGUUACGGAACAGUAGAGGAAGCUGUGAAGGAAGGAAUGAAUGCUAUGAGUGCUGAAUUUUUGGCUGCAAGGAAGACAAUUAGUGGGGAACAGCAUGGUGAAGCUGGAGGGGAGAUCUACGUACCAGAAAGCUAUGCAGCUCACAAAUGAGAUCUCCUCAGAAGCCACCCAACGAAGCAGAUAUGCUGGCUAGGGCCUUCAGCAGCAGCAAUUCUACCAUCUUAUGUUAGGAGAUGGUAAGCAGUAUGUGAAUAAAGCUGGGUUGCUUACCUUAAGUAUGUGAAUGCCAAUAUGGAUUGUAAUAAAAGGAAACUCUGUUCUGUGUCCCAUUGCAUUAUUUUGCUCCCUCAAGUAUUGUUGCGUCACUAUGGGAUUGUUGGUGAUAAAAGUUGCACCAGGGGUGCCUGUAUUCUCGACAGUGUAAAGGCCUCAUGGCCUUGACUGUUGUGAGAUGGGCUGAGAAAGUCCCUUUGAACCUGAACAGGAUAAUGCCUGCGAAGGGAGCGUGCAAUUCCGUUUUCAUGUUUUUCAGGAACCCGUCAGCCUUCUGGUGGAAAUUGAAGUACCAACUGUCCGUGAGCGUUCACGGCUCCGCCAUGGGUCUGCCUGUUUCUUACAACUGAGGUAACAUGGUAUUCUUUUUGCAUGAUUUCAUCAACCAGCUGUGUUACCGUUUCCACAGAGAGUUUAGUAUGCUUCCCAAUAACACUCAAGCAAUCAAUAGACCCAUGAUAUUUUGUGAAGAAUUUGCUCUUCCUGUAUAAUAUAUUUCUAUAAAUGUGUAUCUACAUUUAUUUACAGUAGACUACAGAUUCAGGUGGGGGGUGAUUAGCUGCUUUUGCCCUUCUCGUCACUCGUCAGGAUGGUCAGAUAGCGUAGUUCAAUAUUGCACGAAAUCUUUGUUUUUUAACAAAGAAUAUUGUAAAUCUCUCACGUAAACAGUUUUCAAUUCAGCAUUAUGCAUGAUUGUUUACAAAUGCGUGUUUUCUGAUAGCAGAGUUAGGAUCUUAAAACACCAUAAAUUCAAUAUAGAAAUAGAUCAAGUCAUUGCAUUGGUGGAGAACAAUUUAUCACUUUUACCUUCGGUCAAGUGCAUGUCUCUCAUGUAUUACUGCCUGCUUCGCAUUUUUGUACUACCUAUAUUCAUAUAAUCCAACUGCCAUGGCUGAAGCGAGAUGUCAAGAAACAUCUGGCGGCGAAGCAAACAAUUCUUCUGUGGCUAGAUCUUUUGUGUUCUCUGUGGUACGGGUACCAAUGAACUGUGCUCGUUUACAUAUUGAAGAUGAAUACUAAUUGUGCUCCAACGGCAGAGUUUCAAACCCUUUGGGAGAUGAGCUAGGCACCCGAUUCUGUGGUAUUGGUGCUCAAGUUCUCAUGCCAUGCUGAGAUGUUAAGUACUACAAACGUCCGUUCUGAUCUAUGUAUAACUCUGUCUGAAUGUUACCCCUGAGUAUCAAUUUUGUUACUAAACUGUGCUGCUUUUCUGAUA